AUGAACAUCAAACGCGAAGCAAUUUUAACAUCUCUGCUCACCAUUGCUCCUGGCCUUGAGAGCACCAAGUGCCUGCAGGCAAAGAAAUGGUGCAUCUCUGACAAAGGCAGCUGUAAAGAUGUCUGGGACUUAAUUGAAGAAGUUUGCAACCAGACAGGUGAUUCUUGCACAGUGAAAGAUCAGAGCAAUUGUAACAUAGCCGUUCAGCUCUUAACCAGCAGUUACCCAGCACUUCGAGAGUGCAGCUGUCCUGAAGAUAAAUCUUGCAACUUUUUCAGGAAGCUAGGAACAAACUGCAGCAGCCAAAAAGAGCACUCCAGAGCACCUUCCACUGGUCCGGAAAUGCCACCAGGCUGGAAACGACGCUUCCAAAUGAAGAGUAUAGAUAAACACAUAAGGAAGGUCAUCGAUUGUGCAGCGGCAAAGGAUGCCUGUCUACAAUCCAUGGACUGCAGCUCCAUCUAUUCCAAGUUUAAGAAGACGUGUCGGCACAAAAAAGACAAUUGUAGCAGCCCAGCUAUAGGUCAGCAGUGUCUGACUGCUUGGCAAGCGUUACAGCACACCCAGCUCACUGGCUGCAGUUGUUCCAGACAGGGCAAGUGCCUCCGGAUACAGUCUGGCAUUUCCAACAAUGCUUGUGUACAAAUCGCACUGAAAAGUUUCAAUGCAAGCAGCAGUGAAGGAAAGGAGGAGAAUAUUCCCGAGCAGAAUGCUGUGUCUUGCUUGAAGGUGACUGAACAAUGCAUCAGGGACCAAGAUAUCUGCAACAAACACUUCACUCCUCAGAAGAAGGCGUGUCCUCAGGUUCGCAAACAAUGCAACAUGGAGAUCUGUCACAGAGAAAUUCGAUCUUUUUACACCAAGAUCUCACCUGAUCUUGCUCAGAUGCUAGUCUUCUGCGGCUGUGAUCCAUCUGACAAGCUUUGUCUGCAAGCAAAGGAAACCCUUCACAAUAAUUCCUGUGCCAAUCACAUGGACACCAUGCCCACAUGCCUCCAUCUGAAGGAGAGGUGUGUCUCCGAGGAUGUUUGCAGAUCAAGAUAUGAGUUGUUUCAAGAAAAGUGUUGGGGACAUUUCACAAGAAUAUGUAACCAAGAUUAUGAUCAGAGCUGCCUUUCAGGAUUGAACUGGAAUGAAUGGACCUGCAGGGCAGAUGCAGAGUGCAUGGCAGCAUACAUAAGGACCCGGGGAACUCUUCUUCAAGUGCAGUGCACGUGCAGUGGUGUCACGAGAGAUGACCAACCCCUUUGUGAACUAUUCCAGCACAUGCUGAACUAUCAAGUGUGUUUCACAACUGAGGUUCCAAGCCCAGCUAUUGAAGCAGACACAAGUCAAUUGGAAGAAUUUAGUGUAAGAAGAACCCCAAUGAAGCUAAGUGUUAUUGCCCUGCCUGUGGUGUACGGAUGGUUCCAGUACCUGGAGAUACAAGAGAUUCUGUAG